CCCAGAAGUGGGUGAGAUCAAGCUAAUGCUAUGCAGCCUUAGUGCCCAGGGGAAUCGUGCCUAGCCAGCUCUCGGAACGCCCCUGUUCUUGCCCCUUCCCGGGGCAGCCACGUGGCCCCACGCCGGCCAGACGCGCGGGGAGAGCUGCUCCAGCCCAGCGCAGCCCGGACCCCGCCAGGGUGCUGGUCCCGACCCGGUCCCGGAGGCUCAGCAGAUUAGGGCACCCGUCUGAGCAGGAGUGUUUGGAGAUGCCAUUAAAAUUCUUACAAAAACUGAAAGUGAAAUGAGGAAGGCCGGUUGAGCAAUCGAGGAGAAGGGCGAAUGCCAGGAAGACCUGCUGUGCAGUAGGGCCGCGAUGCGGGAGGGACGCGCAGGAGCCCUCUCCUGAGGGCGACGGCCGCGCCGGGCCCUGUGGCCCAUGUGGGUCGCCCCCGGGCACAGACAACAGGAAAUGACCCAGUCCCUGUGGUCACUCACUGUGCAGGCCCGGACCUUCGAAGCUCCCGGAGGGAAAUGGAUGGCUGCGCAGGCCGGGAGCAGGCACGCCUGCCCUCUCGCCUCCAGGCAGGAGAAGAAAUGAAACUGGAGCGCGUGUCCAUCCUCCCGCGCAAGGAAGGGCCCCCGGUGCGGCUCCCCCAGCCCGGGAAGCUGCUGGCCGUGCCCCUGCUGCUGGCCCUGCUGUCCUGCGGCCUCACGGCGCUGUCCUUCUACCGCGUGGCCGCCCUGCAAGCUGAGCUGGGCAGCCUCCGGGCCGAGCUGCGUGAGCGCCGCGAGGAGCCGCGGCCAUUGCGCGCGGCCUCCGCGGCCCCCAACGGGAGCUGGCGCGGCUGCAGCCCCGGGCGCACCGCUCGGCCGCAGGGGCCUCUGCAGCGGCGUGCGCCCUUCUCCUCGCAGGGCGUCUCUGCACCUCCAGCCCCCGGAGGCGGCCACCCCAGGCGAAGCCUCAGGAGCAAGCGUGCCACCCCGGGUCCGGAAGGGACAGGAGCGUACACAUUUGUCCCGUGGCUGCUCAGCUUUAAAAGAGGAAGAGCCCUAGAAGAAAAAGAAAAUAAAAUAUUGGUCAAAGAAACCGGUUACUUCUUCAUAUAUGGUCAGGUUUUAUACACUGAUAACACCUUUGCCAUGGGGCACCUGAUACAGCGUAAGAAAGUCCAUGUCUUUGGGGACGAGCUGAGUCUGGUGACUUUGUUCCGAUGUAUUCAAAACAUGCCUGAAACAUUACCCAAUAAUUCCUGUUAUUCAGCUGGCAUCGCAAAGCUGGAAGAAGGAGAUGAACUCCAGCUUGCAAUACCACGCGAGGAUGCUAAAAUAUCACGGGAUGGAGACGGCACAUUUUUUGGUGCAUUGAAACUUCUGUGACCUACGUCCACCUUGUUUGUGGCUAUUUUCCUCCCUUUCGCUGUACCUCUUGAGGAGAAAACACUUAACUGGAAAUAACAAAAGGAGAAAAAAGAAGUAGUUAACGUAGCCUUUUCUGUGAGGCAUUUGUUUUGGUUUGAUGGAACUAGACCCAAACAGGAAAUUUAACAGACAAACCACAGCCAAAGGGUGUCAUGUGAAUUACGAGAAAUAGAGCCCAUUUAAGGAAAAAUGGAAUUAGACUUUUCACUAUAAUGCCAUGUUGAACAACUUAGUCAUAGCUUCUGGUCUUGGAGGAAGCAGAGGAUUCAAUGGCGCAGUAACAUUUCUUCAAAAAUGGCUUUCCAUUGUUUAUCAUGGAACAAGUGCCCACAUCUGUAGGAUAUGAAGACUCUUGGGAAAUCUCAGGAUUCAUCCUUUAUUUUUAUAUUAAAUAUGCCCCUCUUCUAUUUUUCAGUUAGCAUUUUGGAAAGUGGGGGAAAAAAAAGAAAUCAUGCAUUUGAUACAUGAAAAAAGUAAUUAACAGGUUUUAAAUAUAUUAAACAAUUGGACUCAAAAGACAUAGGUACUAUUUAAAUCUUUUUGGUUAUUUUAGGUUUGUGGUUUUUAUCUCUAAUAUUACAGAUUACCUGAUGGAACACCCCCAUUUUUCACAGGAGGGAAAUAGUUCUCUCAUGUGUCUAUGCUUAUGUGUAUCUUUUAUGGCUAAUUUUAGUUACUUCAGAAGCUUUUAAUGUAGGCUAAUUCAAUUUAUAAUCCACAUAAGCAUUAAUUGAAAAAAAAUAAUUAUAAUUAUUCCUCUGUAAAAAUAAAAUCUCCAGUAGAGUCAAUGAAUACUUUUAUAAUAAUGUAAUAUAAUUCCCUGUAUUUCCUACCCUUGUGUUUUAAACUGCUGCUAUUGUAGUAAACAUAUAUUCCAGCCUUUAUAAAAUACUUAUUAUUACCUUUACAGAAGUGGAAGUUUAAUUAAUGUUCUUGUUAUCCUGAAGUAUAUUAUAUGCCAUGUGCUUGUUAUAAAGGUUCUGAUAUGCCAGAAGACAUCAUCCUAAUUUUCAUUUUAUAAAGAAUCAUAUUUGAGAAUGCCAUAAUACUUAUCUUUUAUAACACCAGUUUCCCUUGUUUUGCUUGUCUUUUUAUGAAUGUCAUAACUUUAAAGAGUUUACUUCAUUAGUUUAAAUUGUAGAUAGAAGAUGAGCCCCUGCUCUACACUAAUUUUCCCCACUCCACAUUAAGAUAUUUUUAAAGAUAUAGUGAACAAAGAAAAUGAUUUGUAUUUUGUGUCUGAAAUUAAGCUUUAAACAUACGAUUUCUGUAAUUUUGGCUCUUUGGUUAAAGUAAAAUAUAUUUUGCAAUUUAUUUUGUUUUAUAAUAUUAUAAAUAGAGAUGUGACAGGUGAAAUAGGAGUUACCUUAUGAGAAGGAGGUUAGUAAUUUUCUUAGUAUUGCUGCUAAUUUCAUUGCCACAUAAAAACUUUCUGUGCUCACAUCAGAGCAGCUUCUCCCAGGGUGGGUGAGAUGUGGGACCCACAGCUGGCAGGGGCAGCUGGCCACGCCAAAGCCUGCAGACCCCACCGAGCCACGGCCAGACCGUCUCGAGGUGAAUGCAUUUCUCUUGUAAGCGCCGUCUGAGGUUGUCUUUGAUUUCCUUCUCUCGCCAUUGCCACUGACAUUAUCCAAAUUGACUGAGUCUUUUCUUAUUUAAAAAAUAAAAAAAUAAUGGAAUGAAACUAUGCUUAAGAUCACUUUAAAAAUAAAGAUAAUAAAUGAAAUUAUAGAAGUGUAUUAACAAUAAAGUACGAGUGUAGAUUUGUU